UCCUUCUCACUGCACCAGGGCUGAGGGACUCUUCGUCCCCUCGCUUCCCUUGCUGCAGAUUUAACUCAUUUCCAUCAGCGCAGUCAUCCUUUUUUUUCUUGCUUUUUACUUGCUGCUUCUGACAGAUGCAUUACAUUCAUUUCUUUCUGUAUGCCAGGAUCUAAGGAUUUAUGCAUUGAAAACGUGGGUUGUCCUGUUUAACGGAAUUAAAAAGGGGGACGUUUGCAGAGGACAGUGCUUGAAACUGGGACUCCGACUGGGACUUGGUCUUUUCUUUAUGCUGCUAGAGUGGAUUCCCUUUUGUUGCGCUGCCAGUGUUUUGUUCAGGGCGACAGACACACUGAGAGAGGAGUUGUAGGACCCCAUACCUCUACAACUAUACAGAGUUAAUACUUCAAAGGACUAAAGCAAGUUAGAAAAUCUAUGGUUGCAUUAAGCACUUGAGGAGAAGGUGCUAAGCCUCCCCUGCCAGUGCUUCAGAAUGUCACAACAAAAAUGCAAGUAACACGUUCAUGGGAUAAAUAGGUGGAUUUCUGAUUGAUCCCCACACCCCUCUCUGCAAGUGUCUGCCACAGGAUUGCUGAGGAGUCAAAGUGAGAGGAGCGCUGAGCUGUUCAGCUGGCCUCUCACUGCUCCGGGAGAGUCCUUCCACCUGCCUGCAUGGGAGUCUUACAUUCAACACUUUCAUCAGCUACUGGACUUUUACAUUUGUUUGUCUUUCGCGACUUGCAGUCCAGAACACUGAGAGGCAAGUUUGCACAUUUGGAUUUAAACUUUAAAUCACUUUAAUAGCAGAACUUCAUCCAGACAUGUUGACACGCUUGGUUUUUUACCUCAUUCUGCCUAGGGAUGCCUUGUAAACACAUUUUUCCCCCCAGCGCUGUGUGUGCUGAGAGAGCUGUGACAUUAUCUCCUGCGGAGAUCCCCAUGUUGUUCUAGCCUGUGUCUGUGUUUUGAUUCAGACAAUAGCUGGGCAUGCAUGGGCUCCAGACACUGACCAGAGGACCACCAAAAUAAGGGAAGCCUGCUGUAACAUUGUAAACACGCCGGCACCCAUGGCACAGUGAAACUUUGGAUUAAUUUAAAGGGGUUGAUUUGCAGAGAUGGAUGUAAUUUACAUUUCCAGAGAGACUCGUAAGAACAUUUUUUCCCUGUAGCAGUUGUUGCCUACAAUUUAUUUUUUAAAGGUAACCACUCAGUAAAUUUCAUCUGAUCUCCAGGAGUGAAAUCGGAACCAUAUGCUGCUUACUCAUCUGAUCUCCUGUAAGGAUCCGUCAAGAGCAGAGAGCAUUGUGCUUUCCUUCACGCUUUAACCUCUUUGUAUGGUGUCCUCUCUCGCAUCCUAUGUGCUCUCCGCCCUUGUGCGGACAGCUUAUGCCCUCAGCCUCCCUGUGGCAACCCUCAUUAGGAUCAGGAGAUGAGGCCACAGACUGGCAGGCAAAGCAGCAGGGAAAGUCGCCGCUGGGAUUGAUGCUGGCUACAGCACUAAUGCUACCCUGGUUUACUGAAGGAAUACAGUUUUUUCUCCCUACUCCUGACUGUUACCCACCCACUACUUUCACUAACCAUGAGUGAUUGGAAAAGGAGAGCUAAACGGGUUGUCCUACCCUCCCAGAGGCUUUAUUGAUUUUCCUCCAGUCAGUGUUCAUUUGAUUGAGACCCAGCUAUGUGAGAGUAAGGUGAAAGAGAGAGUGAGUGUGUUAGAGAGAGUAUUGAGCUCCGUUAACUGAAGAAGGCUGCAGACACCCGGUGUAGAGCGGGUGGGGGGGACAGGCAGUUCUCCAGUUUCAGGCCAGCUGCCUUAUGGGUGACACAUCACAAACCUGACCCACCUGGAUAGCGCCCAGAACAAUGAACCAGUCUGAACUGACAACGGACCCGGUGCUCGCUGCCAACAGCAGUCAUGGAGACUUCUUUCCUGGCAGGGCCACCAACCACUCUUGUCCCUUGGGCUGGGGGCUGAACCAAGGCCUGGAGGCUUGCGUCCUGGAGACUGCCGUCAUUGUACUUCUGACAGUGCUCAUUAUCACAGGGAACCUGACGGUUAUCUUCGUGUUCCACUGUGCCCCUCUGCUACACCACUACACCACCAGCUACUUUAUCCAGACCAUGGCCUAUGCUGACCUGCUGGUGGGUCUUAGCUGCCUGGUGCCCACCCUGUCUCUGCUCCACUACCCAGCAGGUGUCCAGGAGCCCAUCACAUGCCAGGUCUUCAGCUACGUCAUCUCUGUUCUAAAGAGUGUUUCAAUGGCCUGCUUGGCUUGCAUCAGUGUGGACCGCUACCUGGCCAUAACUAAACCACUGUCUUACAACCAGCUGGUGACGCCAUGCCGGCUACGAGGCUGCAUCACCCUAAUCUGGGUCUACUCCAGCCUGGUGUUCUUGCCCUCCUUCUUUGGGUGGGGUAAACCAGGCUAUCAUGGAGACAUUUUUGAGUGGUGUGCCCACUCUUGGCCCACCUCUGCCCUUUUCACAGGCUUUGUGGUGUGCUUGCUCUAUGCGCCUGCUGCACUUGUGGUCUGUUUUACGUAUUACCAUAUCUUUCGCAUUUGCCAGCAGCACAAUAGAGAGAUCAGUGAACGACGGGCACGUUUUCCCAGCCAGGAGAUGGAGGCUGGUGAGGGCGGUGGCGGCGGGCAUCACAGUGGGCAUGGACCAGAUCGGCGGUACGCGAUGGUGUUAUUCCGCAUCACCAGCGUUUUCUAUAUGCUCUGGCUGCCCUACAUAAUCUACUUCCUGUUAGAGAGCUCCCAUGUGCUGGACAGCCCUGCCCUCUCCUUCAUCACCACCUGGCUGGCCAUUAGCAACAGCUUUUGCAACUGUGUGAUCUACAGCCUGUCUAAUAGUGUGUUCCGCUUGGGCAUGCGUAGGCUCUCACAGACGAUUUGCUCCUUCAGCCAUUGUGCGGCCGAUGACAGGGACUUCGGGGAGCCUAAACCAAGGAAGAGGGCAAACUCAUGCUCCAUCUGAAGGGAUGACUUUUACAGGAUGAGGACACUGCUGGAAUCUAUCAAUGGGGAACAUGAAUCUUAACCAGUUGAGCAGCUAGUUAACUUUCAGUAACAUUGGCAUGGCUUAACCCAACAGAAAACACUUUCUGUUGCAUCAGCCUGUCAGCUGACACCAGUGACAUUGCGAUGGUCACAAUAAACCAUGGUUUAUUGCAUUAUAAGCUUUUCGAGGAGAUGGGUGUAGUGUUUAAACAGAGAGAUUUAAUGAGAUGGGCACACUCAAAUGACUAAUAUUCUGUGGUAUGUGACUUGGCUGUGGGUCAUGUAGAAAGUCUCUCCCCAUGGCUUUCUCAGCUUUUACAUCUCACUGUAUGUCACUGUAUCAGCCACGUCAGACAUAGUGGGAUAACUGAGUUAUCAUAGGAUUCAUGAAUAUCUCCUCAGACAUCAAAUGUGACCACACUUUUUCAUGCCUGUUAAAUUUUUUUAGUGGUUGUGAAU